GAAAUGCCACCACUCGAAAGGAUAUGCCAGGAAUUGGCAAAAUUGCCUGUCGAGCUCGCCCACCAAAUUAUCGGCGACCUAAAAGUCUGGGAUGUCUUCAAGCUGCUGUGGUACGAUGACCCCAAAGUCAAUGCCCUUGUUUCUUCGCAACCCCAAUGCCGGAAUUUGCUGGGAGAUGAUGAAGAAACCUUUUCGCAGACUCGACAGAUGGUAAAAUCCUACUUUGCCAUGUAUGUCAAGGUGGGACUCCCAUUCAAGCCUCCGGGGUAUGGACAUGUAUCUUGGAGCAUUGAUGUAUUGCUCGCACAUAAACUGGACAAACCGGCACGCGAAGUUAUCAUGAAGGAAUUGAGAGAGUCCAUCCAGUCCUUUCUCUACACGCAGAUAUACGCAAUCAUGGACCUGGAGCAGUAUGUCGAUCGCUCGGUUUUCUCUCGUGGAAUCCCAGAUCUGCAUGCGUGCAACACAGUCCAAGACCUGGGAGAGUGCAUGGAUACUGUCCUGCAUGCAAAGAAAGCACUUUUCAAGCAGGCAUCGGACCAAUUGCAUUGGGCAGCUUCCUUGAUGGAGCAGAAUCCUGAUAUUCUGAAGCGAACACUGGAUCCUGAGCAAAAGCGGCGGCCAAAUACCGCACACAUUGUAUCCCGGAUGCGAUAUACAGCCAAUCGAUUCCGAAAGUGUGAUGUCAAAGACUUCAUUGCUACCGAAUACUUCGCCUUCUAUUUCUUCCCUAUCAUUCCCUUUGAUACCGCAUUGGCGAAAUUGCUGCGGUGGGUGGAGAAGUAUGGGUUCAUUACUGAGCACGGCCAAAUAAACAAUAGUAACCACCGACAACAUGCACACUCGCAACCUAUGGAGAAGCAUGCCAAUAUAGUGAUGGGAGGACUGCCUUAUUUCUUUACAGACUUUCCGUCUACGAAGGGCUUGGUAGCCAAUGAUAAAGGCGACGUGCUGCGAACAGUACACACGUCCUUGUCGGACCAAGAUAACGCGGCUAAGGGCCUAUUCUUCACGGUUCACAGGACGGCAUCACAUUUGGAGUUUAAGCUACCAGUGAAGAGCCAGGCCCGAGAGCCGAGUGACAAGAGAGAGCAAGCUUGGCUGGCAUCGUUUGUAGAGCUGUACCGAUACUUAGAAAUGUUAGAGAAGAGAUCCAUGCUGGCACUGGAGGAGUCGCUCUGAUAGUUUCAGUCAGAAACAAGCAGAGUUUGCUAGGGAUCGGGAAUAACCCUCAUGUCGUAUAGCUUUUAAUCAUUCAAAUCUGCAUAGCGUCGUCAGGAAUGCUUCUUGGAGAGGCGUAGCGGAGCCAAGAAUGUAUUCUUCAUAUGAAUAACCAAUCCCGGUCUUACUCUGCCAAGGAGAUCAAUAAAAG